AUGUCCCUCCUCCGGCGCCUCCUCUCCACCGCCGCCCACCGCCCACUGCCGAUCCGCGUAGCCUUGACGGACUCAGCCGGCCGGGGAGUCUUCGCUACCCGCCCUAUCGCCGCCGGAGAGGUCCUUCACUCCGCGCAGCCCCUCGUCUCCCAUCCGUCCCGCCCCCUCCUCCACGAGGUGUGCUACAGCUGCCUCAGAAGGAAGCCGGGGAAGGGCGGCGACUCCAGCGGGGGCUGCUACUUCUGCAGCGACGCGUGCCGAGAACAUGCUAAGGGAUUCCAUGGCAUUGAAAAGAAUUUGGAUUGGUCUUUGUUAGACGAUCGCUGCAGUUCGCGUGGUCUUAAGUACCCAUACAUGGUCAAGCGGCUAGCUUGCAUGGUUAUAUCAGGAGCUGUUGGCGCAGACUGUCUUGACAUUCUUCAGCCAGCCCGUUUGCAUCAGGGUAUGAUUUCCGAGAUGGAGGAGGAGUUUGAAUUGCUGGAUUCCACUUUUAGGAAGGCAGGGUUUCAGGAAGAACUCGCCGCUUUUUUCACCAAACAAUGGUACAUCAAUGUACUUGCAAGAAUACGCGUAAAUGCAUUCCGUAUUGAGUUGGUUGCAAAUUCAUAUGAGGAUCUUCUAUCAUCAGCGAUAGCCUCAGUAGCAUGCGAUGCAUCAGUUGGCAAUGCUGUGUAUAUGCUCCCCUCGUUCUACAAUCAUGACUGUGAUCCAAAUACUCACAUAGUUUGGAUGCAAAAUGCAGACGCUAAACUGAAGACCCUUCGUGAUAUUGAUGAAGGUGAGGAGCUGCGCAUCUGCUACAUUGAUGCAAGCAUGGAUGUCAAUGCCCGGCAGAAGAUUUUGGCUGAAGGCUUUGGCUUCGAGUGCUGUUGUCUGCGGUGCUUAUCUGGAGAUUAGAUUCUAUGUUUCACCAGAUUCAGGGGUGGUGUGUCCAGGCGACGAUGGAUGGUGGCGCGACUCAAUUUUCGCCUGGGGCGAUGGCAGGGCCAGUGGCAGACGGGCGCGUUGGAAGUUUGAGGUGGGAGGUUGGCUGUGUGCUCUGGCUCGAUUUGUUUUGUGGUAGCCGCGCAUUACCGCAAGAAUGAUCU